AUGGAUCGUCAAUAUACAGAACAAGACCUUCAAAAUGCCAUUCAAGAUGUCAUUAGUGGCAAGAGCCAGGCCGAAUGCGCGAAGCGCUGGGCAGUCCCUCGGUCAACACUGAGCAAGCGGCUGCAAGGGGGAACGUCGAGAGAGGAGGCCUUUCAGCCGCUCCAGCGCCUUUCGAGCGUUCUGGAGGAGCGCCUCUGCGGCUGGAUGAUAAUCGAGGAUACUGUUGGGCACGAGCUGACACAUGGUCAGAUCCGAGAGGUGGCUGGGAGGAUGGCUCGAAAUAACGGCGACGAGGAGCCCAUCGGCAAGAACUGGGUAGAGGGGUUCAUGCAGAGAAAUCCGGAGGCCAAGAGAAUUCUGAGUGGAAAGAGGACGGGUCUGAAGAGAAAGUCAAACGUCGCAUCGAUUGACAUUCCCUCUCCAAGCGCCAAGAGGGUAUUCAACGGUGACGUGGCGCCGCUGGGCAAGAACUGGAUACAAGGGUUUAUACGGCGGAAUCCCGAGAUCAAGAGCAUAUUGAGUAGAAGAAAGACUGAUCCGGAGAGAAAGUCGAAUGGUGCAUCAACACCAACAGACGUCCCCUCUCCCAGCGCCAAGAGGGUUCGCAAGAGAACAAUGUAA